GUGACGGUCAUAUAUAGCAUGAAUGUCGUUACCUCAUAUUUACCUGACAUUUACAGGACAGCUCUGAUGUGUUGGUGACUGUCAUAUAUAGCAUGAAUGUCGUUACCUCAUAUUUACCUGACAUUAACAGGAACGAUCUGAUGUGUUGGUGACUGUCAUAUAUAACAUGAAUGUCGUUACCUCAUAUUUACCUGACAUUAACAGGACAGCUCUGAUGUGUUGGUGACUGUCAUAUAUAACAUGAAUGUCGUUACCUCAUAUUUACCUGACAUUAACAGGAACGAUCUGAUGUGUUGGUGACUGUCAUAUAUAGCAUGAAUGUCGUUACCUCAUAUUUACCUGACAUUUACAGGACCGCUCUGUCGAUGUACUAUCACGUGGAGGUGGGUAAAAGAGACCUGGUGGACGUCCUCAUACACACCAUGCCUAACUACGUAAUCUACACGUUAUUGGCGAGCUUUCUGUACGAACAUUACCAUGGUUACCGGGGAAUUCUCGCCCCAACAGUUCGAGCGUUCUCCACACUGUUUCUCGGGACCUGGUUUAUACAGGAGGGUUGGGUUCUGUUUGUGCAUGAUAGAUUUCCUGGUGGUGAGAAAAAUCCGGAAUGGGACCUGGCUGAUGUGCGUAACGCCCAUUUUAUUCCCGUCGCCUUCGGAUGCCAUCUGUUGGUCGACUUUAUAAUUGUUGCCAUUUUAUAUGUUGUAUUGUACUUUGUAUACAUCCCCAAGUCGAGACUUGUAUGUCUCCGUCUUUGCCAGAAAUGGAGACCGUUGAAAGACCAGUGACGAGGACGAAAAUGAAUGUCUGCUGCUCGGCAACGAUGACAAAGAGGACAUGUUGAUAUAAUCAAGUAUUUCCAUGCUACCUGAUUUCAUCGGACAAAGUUAUGAUUUGUUUGACGAUUGUUAGUGCUGAAAUGGUUAGUUUUUAAACUUUGGAAUAUGAUUAAUAAUAAUGUAUUAAUGUCAAUUAGCUAUGGCAUCUUGUUUUCGCACUGGGCCACUGUUGCUCUUCGCUGGGACACCAAUGUGAAAUCCGCAAUUAUUAUUUGGUGGCCCAUUCGUAACAAACUUGCCUUUUUUCUUGGCGAAAAUGUUCCUGUCCGACCACGUGAUAUGUCUCUGGCUUUCCUGCCAAAAAUGAAGUCCUUUCUUGCUUCCAUCCGGGCCAACAAGAGUGAUUGAUACAACAUUUUCCUUUGGCAGUGUAUCAGCCAAUCAAAAAUGACGUUACAAACUUCGAAGUCAUUGUUUACGGUAUGGGCUGAUUACACUUCUCAGGUAAAGGAAAUGCUUGUUACAAGAGUAUCCGAAUUAUUUAUUUGAUUUACGUAUUUAUAUGGGAUCUUUUACACAUUAGAAAUGUAUCAUUUA